AUGGAGAUACCAAGAGAAGAGCUCCAUAAGAUUGCACCUACGCCGGUCUACUUCCUAGACGAGCUGCCCUCGCCUGCAUCACCAUCGACACCACUAAACUCGACCUCCAACUCCAGUUCCCACCAUGGCGGCAGCAAGAAAUGGGUCAUCCCCACCCUAUGCAAGAUUCAAAAAUACAGUGCUUGGGGCCUCGUGUCAUUCCUAGGAAUCCACCUCACGUCAGUCGUGGUAGUGCCCAUCCUCCCCAUCUCGCACGAUCUCAAGCAACAAGUAUUUUCGCUAGCCAAGGCCGUCUACCAAGAUGUGCCACUAUACGAACCGGUGUUUAUAUUCGGGGCAGGCAUAACUCACAUUCUCCUGGGGAUAGCCCUCCGGCUUGUGCGCUAUUUCAAAAGGCGGAACCAGCAUCGGCUGGCUGCGCGGGUCCAGCUUUUGAAUGCCGCCAUCGACAUCAAGGACAGCGACGACGAUAUAGGCCUCGGGGGCAUCUCCAACAUUUUCGGCUUGGGGUACAGGAAAAGCAUAACUACGACUCAAUUCGGCCUUACGCCCUUGCAAUUCUCAGGGUACGUGCUGAUCCCCUUUGUCUUGUUCCACAUAUACAAGUUCCGCUAUAUGCCGUGGGCGGUCGAGGGCGACUCCUCGUUGAUCAAUCUAGAUUAUAUCACCUAUGUGCUCAAUCUCAAGCAUCCCUGGGUCAACACGGUGGCGCUCUUGGGGUUGGUUCUAAGUGUCACGUACCACGUGACUAUCGGGGGGAUGAAGUUGCAGGGGUUUUACAGCAGGAAUUGGAAACGGGCCGGGCUAGUGAUGGUGAAUGUGUUGGGUUUUGCGGGGAUGGUGAGUAUUUACAUGUUUAAGAGACUGGUGAAUGUCGACUUGCAUUCGGCUGAUUUUGUCGGGAAAGCGUUUUCCAAGUAUAUCAAUGCUUUCUUGUUGUAG